AUGGAUCUCCAAACGCUGUCCAAUCUGUUCGCUACGACCCUCAACCCGAAUCCUAAUGUACAAAAAGCGGGCGAGCUUGAAAUCAGAAAAAUUGCUAGCCAGGAGGGCAUGAUCGCAGCCUCGCUGCAAAUCAUCGCCGCCGACAGUGUCGACCUUGCAAUCCGCCAAGCCUGUGCCAUCUGGCUCAAAAAUCGCGUCCAACAUUCGUAUGGCCUCGAAUCUGAUACAGGCCGCCCAGAUCACAAGCCCAUCCCGCCCUCAGACCGCACCGCCCUCAAGACCCAUGUCCUCCCUCUUCUCGCGAACUCUCCUUCGAAGAGCAUCACCGUCCAGCUUGCUGCUACCCUCAAAACGCUCGUCUCGCAUGACUUCCCGGAGAAGUGGCCGGAGUUGAUGGACGGCGCGAAGCACAUGCUUGCGAGCAGCAAUAUCAGGGAGGUCGGUGCUGGAACCGUAGUGGUGUUGGAAAUGGUCAAGGCUUUCCGAUUCCGCCAGCAGUCCGAUAUCCUACCCAAGAUUGUUGUCGAGCUCUUCCCCACUCUUGUUACUCUCGCUUCCCAGAUGUUGUCUUCUCCUCCCGCCGGCGCUGAAGCGGAGAUCCCCGCCAUCCUCCACUACAUCCUCAAAACCUACCGAUCUUCCAUCAUCCUCAAUCUCAGCGCACACCAACAGUCCGCGGAAUCUCUCGUGCCUUGGGGCCGUCUCCUCUUCCAAGUCGUGAAUCUCGACAUCCCAGCGGGUGCCGUGCCCGAGGACGAGGACGAAAGGGAAAAGAGCGAGUGGUGGAAAGCGAAGAAGUGGGCCUAUGGUGUGCUCGGCAGGCUGUUCCAUAGGUACGGCAACCCGAGUCAGUUGCCCAGCACGAUGAAGGAAGAGUACGGAACCUUCGCAGAGCACUUCGUGACGGCGUUCGCACCCGAGAUCCUCAAAGUCUACCUUCAGCAGACCGAGAGAUACGUGAGUGGCCAGUCGUGGCUGUCCAAGAAGUGCCAGUACUUGAUCUUCCAGUUCUUUACGGAGUGCGUCAAGCCCAAAGCGACCUGGGCGUUGCUCAAGCCUCAUUUCGAGACGCUCGUGUCGACGUACGUGUUCCCCAACCUUUCGUUCACUCCGGCCAAGCAGGAGAUGUGGGACACGGACCCCGUCGAUUACGUUCGCACCACUGUUGUAGACGAGUACGAGACGUACAACUCGCCGGUCGCAGCUUCCACCACGUUCCUCUUGCAGCUCGCCAACAGCCGUGGGCAGACGACCUUCAUGCCAAUUCUUACCUUCGUCAACCACGUCCUGAACUCGAACCCUGCUCCACCUCAACGAUUCGGUGCUCUGAACAUGAUUGCUGCUCUCGGGCCCUUGAUCAUGCGUCAUGAGGAAGUGAAGGACAACAUGUCUCAAUUCAUGAGGCAGCAUGUCUUCCCUAGCUUCACUGCUCCGGAGGGCUACCUGCGAGCGAUCGCCUGUGAAGUGCUCGGGACUGUCGAGAGGGCCACAAUCCAGUGGGACAAUGAGGAAAACCUCAUCAACCACUUCCGUGCCGUGUGCGUUUGUCUCGAUGACCCAGAGCUGCCUGUUCGUAUCCAGGCCGCCCUGGCCCUUACCGAGCUUAUCACCUCUCACGACUCGGUGAAGGAGGCAGUUGCUCCCCAAGUCGGCAAAGUGAUCCAGGAUCUUCUCAAAAUGUGCGACGACACCGACCUGGACAUUCUCAACAGCAGCAUGGAGACCAUGGUGGAGCAGUUCCAGGAGGAGCUCCUGCCCGUCGCUGCUCAGCUCGCUGCACGCCUGUGCGACUCCUACAUGCGGUUGGCCAAAGAAGCGCUUGCUCAGGAAGAAAACAUACCCAAGGGCACGGAUCUCGAGUCCGCCAUGGAAGACACUGAUGAGGAUAAGACCUACGCUGCUAUGGGGAUGGCCAAGACCAUCGGGACGCUCGUUUCGUCCGUAGAUUCCUCCGCCCAGAUCCUCCAACAAGUGCAGGAGGUCGUCAUUCCCAUCAUCACCUUCACCCUUGAGAACAAGCUUUUGGAUCUGUUCGACAACAUGUACGAUCUGGUCGAUGGGCUGACCUUCAGGACGAAGUCCAUCUCGCCGAACAUGUGGCCGGUCUUUGAGAUGACCUACACCCUCUUCAAGUCUGAUGCCGUUGACUUCCUUGAUGAGAUGUUGCCGGCCCUGGACAACUUCGUUUCUUACGGCACGGAGAUGUUCAAGUCUCGUCCGGAUUACAGGCAGAUGGUAGCCGACAUCUAUACGACGGCGAUCGUGAGCGAACAGCUUGGCGAGAACGACCGUGUAAACGGCUCCAAGGUCGCUGAGUCGCUCAUGUUGAACCUUCGUGGCCACAUUGACGACUUACUUCAACCCAUCGUCAAGACCGCUCUCGACCACAUCGACUCCGCCGAGACCGCCGCCUUCCGACUCGCUAACCUCGAGGUCCUCAUCAACGCAGUCCUCUACAACCCUGCCGCCACGCUCCACCUCAUGGAACAAUACGCUCCAGGUACCUCCCGUACCUUCUUCGACAAAUGGUUCGCCGCCAUCAACUCCGAUAACAAGCUGCCCCGCGUGCACGACAAGAGGCUCACCAUCGUCGCUCUAUGUGCACUCAUGGAGGUCGAGCCGAAUGCGAUCCCGGAGGCUGUGAGAGAGGGAUGGCCUGGGAUUGUGGCUGGCGCGUUGAAGGUGUUCAAGGACCUGCCGAAGGCGAUUGCUGCGCGGAAGGCUUUGGAGGCGGAGAUGAGGGAGGCGGCGGAAGAGGAAGAGGAUGACGAUGAGAUUAUUACGAGGGCUUUGGCUUUGAAUGGUGAUGAUGAUGAUAUUUGGGACGAGGACUCUGCGUACAUUGAGAUGCUCGCAAAAGAGAACGCUCGUCUCAAGUCGCAGGGUAUCGGUUCUUCAUCGGCCGGUGACGACGAAGAGGAUCUGGAAGACGACGAAAUUGAAGAGGAACUUGGAUACCUCAGCCCGCUUGACUCCGUUGACCCAUACGUCACAUUCAAGCAUGCUCUGAACAGCCUCCAAGCGAAGAACGGUCAGGCGUAUCAACUUGCGACGACUGCGUUGGACAUUGAGCAGCAGACGUUGCUCAUGGAGGUCAUGCGACUUGCGGAGACGCAGGGGAACGGGAACGCAGUUCCCGUCUAG